AUGCUGCUCCAGCCGACGUACGACCCGCUGCAAGCCGACGUCCCGGCCGUUCAUCCCUUCUCUCCCGCAGUCGGCGCCAAGAGAAACCUAGGGCGCAACUGCGCGGAUCCCUACGAGCCCGACGUCGACGCGGACCUCCGGGUCAAGGAGAGGGAGCCCAGGGAGCACCCUGACGCCGACUACAUGUCCAAGAUGCAGCAGGGCCACCUGAGCCCGUCCAUGCGCGCCGAGCUCGUGCUCUGGAUGGACGCCUUCGCCCGCCACCUCGGCGGCCUCCCGGAGGGCACGCUCUGCCGCGCCGUCGCCUACCUCGACCGCUUCCUCUCCGUGCGCCCCGUUCCGGCCCACGACGAGGCGCUCCAGCUCGACGCCGAAGUCGUCGAGGCGUUCCUCGGGACCACCGUGCACGUGGUGGAGGAGAUGGAGUGGGAGCUCUUCAUGGAUCUCAGCUGCGUCAUGGACGGCCCGACCGCGUUCACGUUCGUCGAGCACUUCACGAGGUUCUUCGAGCGAGAAGACGAGUUCUUGGUGAGGUCCCUGGCGCUUCGGUUGGUCAACCUGACGUUGGCGUUUUUCGGGUUCGUUGGGCGGAUCCUGCCGUCCGCCGUGGCUGCAUCGGCGCUGUUCCUCGCCAGGCAGAUCCUCGGAGUGCAGUUGAGCAACGAUCUGGAGGAGGUGACGAGGUACAAGGCAGUGGACUUGAUGGGUUGCAUAUGCUCCUUGGUGGAGCUGCUUCCUAUGAAAAAACUCUAA